CCUAACUGUGAGGAACGAUGAUCCAAUUUUAUCGGUGACAAGCUGUGGUCCCGUUAGUUCUAAAUGCAUAGGGAGUAUGAUUACGUUUAUGUUCUCGUUCCUUUGUUAGAUUGUGUAUUAUUAUUCUUUUAACAGGGCGACAGUCGUGUCGGGGGAUAGAUUACAAUAUGUUUCUUUUAUUUGGAUGAAUUAAGCAGACAGCAAGUUUCAAGAAUUGGAUCGCCGAAGCGCUGAACCUGCCGCCUGAGCGAUCGAGCCGAUGAUCUGGUAGACUUUAUCCGCCUAUGAAGCCUGCUGUAUGUCUUUAAGUAUGUCAGGAAAACAUUUUAAAGGCCAUGAAGUCAGUUGCUGCAUCAAAUAUUUUAUUUUUGGAUUUAACAUAAUAUUUUGGUUGCUGGGUGUCGCCUUCCUGGGUAUCGGACUGUGGGCUUGGAAUGAGAAGGGUGUUCUUUCCAACAUCUCAUCCAUCACAGACCUGGGAGGUUUUGACCCUGUCUGGCUCUUCCUGGUAACGGGAGGGGUAAUGUUCAUCCUGGGCUUCGCCGGCUGCAUCGGAGCACUGAGGGAAAACACGCUCCUGCUCAAGUUUUUCUCUGUGUUCCUGGGGAUCAUCUUCUUUCUGGAGCUGACAGCUGGAGUGUUGGCCUUUGUCUUCAAGGACUGGAUCAAGGACCAGCUCAACUUCUUCAUCAACAACAACAUCCGGGCAUACCGUGACGACAUCGACCUCCAGAACCUUAUAGACUUCACUCAGGAAUACUGGGAGUGUUGCGGUGCCUUUGGAGCGGACGACUGGAACCUCAACAUCUACUUCAACUGCACGGACACCAAUCCCAGCCGGGAGAAGUGCGGCGUCCCUUUCUCCUGCUGCACCAAGGACCCUGCGGAGGACGUGAUAAACACCCAGUGCGGCUAUGAUGUACGAGCCAAAUCAGACGCAGAGCAGAAGGACUACAUCCAUGUGAAAGGCUGUGUGCCGCAGUUUGAAAAGUGGCUACAGGACAACCUGACUGUGGUGGCGGGGAUCUUCAUAGGAGUUGCACUGUUACAGAUUUUUGGCAUUUGCUUGGCACAGAACCUAGUGAGUGACAUUGAAGCUGUCAGAGCAAGCUGGGUGCCCCCACCCUCCCUGUCCGUGCGUCGAGCCCCGCCUCGUUCCGGGAAGAAAAGGUCUGCGUACUGCGCGUGAGGAACGUGCCCGCUAGCAUGCGUGUUCGAAAUCGCAGCCGUUUGUUUACCUGAUGUCACAACCAGUCUUUACCCAGGAAUACUCCGGUCUCUUCCGCAUGGUUAUGCCAGUUUUGGAACGCCAAAAGAUGCCAGGAGCCUGCUAACACCGGGAGAGAUUUCUGAGACCGUCUGCACCACGUGACUUCAUAAUGACCGGCACAUCCUUUUUUUAAUGCCCCAUUUAGUGUCAUGAAAUUCCACUAACUUUCCCAAAAUCCCCAGAUUUUUUAGAAAUUACGGAUCGAAGAAAGUCACCUGUGCUUUGAGUCUCUGUUGUUUCACAGGGUUCCUCCGAGGGUUAAACACUGUGUAGAAACGCACAUGGAAAAAAAGAAUGAGGAAAAACACUUUGUAAAUGCACUGCAUGCCUGUCACAAUGGUAUGGAUUCACGUUUUGUUUCAAAAGGAUGUACAGACGUCUUCUUAUUGACACAGGUAUUUUUUUAACAGUUAAAUGGUAGCCGUUUCUGUGGUGACAGUCCGUGAGCAUAGAGAGACUAUCACACUAGAGUGCUAAUGUACAGCAUAGUCACAGCCUUUAAUCCACCUUUGCUUUGAACUGCUAAUGUGUUGGUAUAAGUGUUUAUGUGGCACAUAAGAACAGUCUCCAUUUCAUGGCAUUUCUACGGAUGUUAUAUCUUAAUUUGAUCACCCUGUUCCAGGGGUUUUCAGUCACAGCUUUUAGUGUCUUCGAGUUUUAAAAUUGUUCUGAAGUUUGUUAUUUCCACAUUAAAAUGUGAGAUUUUGUGUUC